AGCCUACCCCCCACGUCCACAAAACAAACAUCUCUCUCUCUCUCUCUCUCUCUCUCUUCCCCUUAAGGGUCAUUUUCUCACACAUACUUCACACAAAAGAAAACCAUUCACUUCAUACCUUGUCAUUUCUUCUCUUUCUUCUCUCUCCUCUUCAAUCUCAAAUCUCUGCAACUACUUCCUCUCUUGAUCAUCAAACUCCAUCUCUGAAGAUAACCCACAAAGAAAUCCCACCUGAAAAUUAUUCAAAACCCUCAGAUAGAUCAUCCAAAAACAAAUCUCCCUCACUCCAUGCUUCUGAUCUUGCAGAUAAAGAUAAACAUUUAUACUUCCUAGCCAGCUAGUGCUCCACUACCAGAAGAAGUAGAACAAAGGAAAACAAAAAAAAAAAAAAUUCAGGAAGAGAAGAGAUAGGAGCUAAGCUGAUAUGGAGCUGUUUCCAGCACAACCUGAUUUGUCUCUGCAAAUCAGCCCUCCAAACACUAAACCCACAUCUGGUUGGAGAAGAUCAACAACAGAAGAAGAUGUGGGUUUCUGGAAGAGAGCUUUGGAUUCUAGAAACUCAUCUGUGUCUUCAAUGGCCGCCAAGCCCGAUGCCUCCUUCGACCUCUCGCUGUCGAAUCCAAGGGCUUCCGAGCCUGACUCCAAUUCCCAUUUCCACUUCCUUCAAAAUGGUACUAACACAAACACAAACAAUCUCAUCCACUCUCUCCAACAAAACCACUACACCACCUCACACCAACACCAUCAUCACCAGAACCUGUAUCAUCACCAGCAGCUGUUCCGGCAACAGCACCAACAAGAGCUUGGGUUCUUGAGACCCAUAAGAGGAAUUCCAGUGUACCAAAACCCUUCUCCUUUUCCAUUUGCCCAGCAGCAGCAGCAGCCAAUGGAUUCUAAUUCUAAUUCCAUGGCUGCUUCCACCACCACUUCCAGUACUCCUUUCCAGUCCCAAGGCUUAAUGCGAUCAAGGAUUCUGUCGAGGUUCCCGGCGAAACGGAGCAUGAGAGCUCCUCGGAUGCGGUGGACGACCACGCUGCAUACUCGGUUUGUUCAUGCUGUUGAGCUACUGGGUGGCCAUGAAAGAGCUACACCCAAGUCAGUUCUUGAGCUCAUGGAUGUGAAAGAUCUAACUUUAGCUCAUGUGAAGUCUCAUUUACAGAUGUAUCGAACAGUGAAGACCACUGAUCGAGCCGCAGCUUCUUCAGGGCAAUCAGAUGUAAUAAAUGAGAAUGGGUCAUCUGGAGAUACCUCUGAGGAUAUAAUGUUUGACAUUCAGAAUCCAAGAAGGUCCGAGCUCUCGGUUCAACAGGGAAGACAAAAUGUGCAUCAAGACAAGGAUUAUCAUGGGCUGUGGAGCAAUUCUUCAAGCAGGGAAGGUUGGUUGCAUGGCAAAUCAAGGGAUUCUGGAGGACACAUGCAAUCUCGAGAGAUAGAGCAAACCUCGGGAGGCGAGAUAAGCUAGCUAGGGCGCAUAUUAUCAUUGUUGGGAGCUGCCCAAGAGACAGACUGUCUCAAGCUUUGGGAAGUAGUAGCCUUACAACUUUUCUCUUUCCUUGAAAAUAUUCUAUGUAUAUUAUUCCCUGCUGGGUCAAACGUCCCUUGAUUCUCUCCUUCAUGCACAUAUUUUAAUUUCUGAUCUCAUGCCAUUGGUCUUGAUUAAUUUAUUCAUUAGUUCAUAUUAAUUAAUUAAAUGCCUUUAUAUAUUAAUGUUAAUAUAUACUAAUUUUUUUUUUUUUAAUGAUGAUCAGAAUAAUAAGGACAUGGAUCGAAAUGGUUCCAGCUAUGAGAGAGGAGUAUCAGCUGAAGUAAACUCAUCAUCAAAGCAUGCAGCAAGUGGAGGAACAAGCCCCAAGAUAAAGCCCAAUCUGGAGUUCACCUUGGGCAGGCCACAUUAAUUGAUUAUUAAUUUAUAUCAUCAUCGUGAUGCAUCUGGGGGGCUGGCUAGCUUCUACUACUCAUUUUGAAAUCAUUACAUGCAUGAUCAUCAUCUCUGAAGCAGGAGGCAGGAGGCAGAAGGGGGUUUGGUUUGGUGAAUGGUGGAUGGAUGGAGAGAGAAUCAGGUGCCCACUGGGAAAAAUCAGAGAAAAGAAAGGAAAAGAAAACAAAAGAAAAAGAAAAGAAAAGGAAAAGAGUGCUAAAGAAAGACAAGGAGACAAGAAAGACAGAAAGCAACAAAAGGAGAAGGUGGGAAAAAAGCAUGUCCUUCCUAUCAAGCUGCAGAUCCAAAUCAAACUUAUUAUAUUAUUAUAUAUUCCUACGUAAAUAUAUAUAUAUGCAAUCUAAUUGAUUUGAGAGAGAGAGAGAGAGAGGGAGAGAGAGUGAGAGCUAGCUUUAUCUUCUUGAAGAGUGCAGUGAUCCUGCUUGGUAAUUGUAAGAGGGGCCCUUUUUUAGUUUUAAUUGAAAAACAUUUUUACCCAA